CCCGGCAUUUCCCGUUUCCCUUCGACUAACGACAACGAAGUCCUACUAGUCGUUAUCUGCCGCCGUGCUCGACGGCAAGGCUCUUCCAGCCGCAGGGACGCAUUCACUUGCAGAUAAGCGUUGUCGCCGUUACUAUAUCUCGCGCCAGCAUCGUCUCACAUGCAAUGGAAUGUUGAGAUGGGUCCAGUCGACAGCCCGAAAUUUGGACGGCUGCGGCACUCUUCGUCGCUAUAUUGCGUACAGAGCGCGUCACGGUAAUGUGACUAUAGCCAGCUCGCGUCGCGCCCUUCCGGAGCGGAAUUAUUCUCUUUCGACACUCAGCGCGCAUCUAAUGUCGGAUAAUGGGUCACCACCUCCUGUGUCUGGUGCCACUCUGCUUUCGCUCUAUCGUGAAGUUAAACAAGCACAUCAAGUUUCCUCUCUGAGCCACAACCAGCUCAGUAGACUUCUACGUUUGUACGGAGAGCUUGCUACAGAUUCGGAUGGGCAUUCUGAGCAGGGAACAUCUUCAAGUAUAUAUUGGGCUUUUGUGCGCGAGGUUGCGUCGGAUACGGAGGCGCUGGGGUAUGAGCUUGGUGAAGAGGAUCGAUGUUGGGCACUCUGGGGAUUGGUCGCGUCUUCCUCGACAGAUCCAACGUUUCUUCGACUUGCAAGACAGCACUAUGAAUAUCUCCGAAUGUCACCCAUCGAUGUCAACCUGCAUCUCGCUUAUUACAGGAUUCUCAUGUCACUCGGAACCUCACAAUCUGCGGCUGAAGUGCUUCACCAUGUAUCCUCCAUCUUCGAAGCAUCUUCUAAUCCAGCAUCCGAGAUCAUAGAGUUCAUCUGGCCAAUAGUUCUCAGCCAAGAUGUCCCUGACGCAGCCGGAGAGCAUGUUCUCAGCAUGCUUUGGACUCGAUUGAAUCAGUUCAAAGGGGCCAAUUCACAUCUGAAGCGUGUACCAACCCUGGGUGCAACUCGUUCCCUCGAUGCCCAUUCUAAAAGUUAUGGUCCAGCAGCGAUCGAUGUUGAGCACCUCGCCGCAGGGUUUGGGAUGGCAUUUCUCCCCCAUUUCUACGUGUCACUUCCGCUUUCCGUUCAGCAAUGGGUUAGAGCCCAGGCGUAUGAUGUUUUUAACCCUCAAAGCAAUGCUUCAUGGAGAUGGCGGCAAUUAAAACUAUUCCUUCUCUACUCAUCCAUGUCAUCAGGGACACUCGACCAGUGUUUGACUUCCCUGACGGAGAAACACGACCAUCUGGCGUUGGGUUGGUGCACAGUGCUUGUGUUGGCUUCUCUGGAAAGGCUUGUCAAAGAUGGAGAAUCGUCAUCCCCCCCAACCCUGCAGACCGUACUGCGUAGUUUGUGGAGGGCCUGGCAGUUGUCUGCUCAGGACAGCCUUCGGCCGCAGUUCGUUGAACGGGCAGUUGUGGCAUCCUUUCUUCGACUAGGCGUUCACACAUCCGACCGAAGCCUCGUAGAUAUAUGUCGCCGCUACAUCUUGUCUGAGGACCUAUGGACGAUACGGAAGGACCAUACUAGAGCUGAAAAGACUCAGAUUAUCUCUUUAGCGGCGGAGUUUGUGGUGUGCUACUUCCGGUGCAUCAGCCCUAGGUGGGAUGACGCUCUGCGCGUCCUCAGUAUGGCAUGCGAUGGACCGAAUACGAGUGAUGUGCUGGGAGUAAUUUUUCGGAUGAUCAUGACCGCAGACACACACAGCGUUUUUGCAUUGUAUCUCCAUUCUCAAGAAGCAGGGAUUGCAUUGGCUCCCAGCAUUGUAUGCACACUCGGGUUCCUGAUGGCUCCCAUUCAGCCGGAACGUUCCAUACUUUUUCUUCACGACACUAGAAUUCUCCGUCAGCGGCGUACACAGCUGCUAGAAGCCAUCAGCCGGUCCCUAUUUCGACAUGGUGUUCACUAUCUAUCUGAAUCUUCUAGUGGUACCAUAGGCAAUCACUUCCUGCAUUUGCCGGAUUCGGAAUAUUCGUCUCUCCUUAUUCCAAGGAAUCAAGGGCACAUACAGCAUACCCUCACUGUGAUAGGUCGAUCUGGACACAGCAUGAAGGCCUUUGGUGCGGUUCAGUGUAUUCAUCGUUCGAAUCCAGGGUUCUUUUCUAUCACCUUCCUUACGGGUUUUGCCCAACUGCUGGUUCGGCGGAGGCAAUUCAAACUCGCAGUUCGUCUUUAUACAACACUGCUUGAGACGGGGAUAGAUGUCGGGAAACUCGAAACACUUCGCCAGCAGCUGGUGUACAACAUUGCUCGAAGUGGUGGGACCCUGGCCGCUCGGACCAUUGCAAGAUCAACAACGACCGAUACUCGUGAACGGAUGGCAUCGUACUCUUCAUUUAGGUUGAAAGACCCCCCUCGCUCUACGGCGAUAGGCGUCUUUUCGGCUCUACGCGAAGCACCCAGCGAUGUUGCAAGCAUCAAGCUGGCUAUCUAUAUCCUUACAAAAGCUAACCGUCCCAUCGCUGCACGAAAUUUAUACGCCCAGUCACUUCCAUACCUGGACAUACAAGCUCGAACUCAUGUGGGAAACAUGAUCUUGCAUCGCACAUUUCAGAGUUUCCGCAUGCGUAAUGCGCAGCUCGUACGGAAGGUAGUUGCUAAUCGGGAUUAUUUUGUGAAGCGUUUUGGCUUUGUGGAGGACCGGGUCACGCUCAAUAUCAUAUUGAAAGCGGUUCUGCGAUGGACGACAGCGGUCGAUGCUGCUGCGGCAAGGAUGUUAUUUGAUGAGAUGGUGAGGCUGGGCUAUCCGGUUGAUGCGCGUUGGCUUCCGCGAGGGGGGGAUGUGCCAUUUUCGACACCGUCAGAGUCGAGGAUUGGGUUUACGACUCCAGAAUUGGAUGCAGAUAUUUCAUUCGAGAAGCACGUAAGGCCGAUGUACAAGAUGUUCAUUACGGCGUUCUUUCGGAGGGGCGAUGUGGAAGCUGCGAGGUUGGUGGUCGGAAUUUUGAAGACGGAGGUUGCAAAGCGGCGAGCGCCUGUGCGAAAAGGGCGUAACAUUCGUACAUAAGGAUUUAGGUAUCAGAAUGGAAAUUUGUACA